UGGGGUUGGAAGAGGGAGUUAACUGCAAGCAGCGAUGCGAUGGAAGAGAUGCUGAAGAAUGGGAAUUUAAGUAGACCGCAGGUGAUAGGUGUCAAGAUUGGAUAGGUACAAGUCAGGAAGAGCUGACUGUCAGCUGAUGCAAGCGUGACUAACGUGGCCUGACUGAACUAAUGCGAUGCUCGAUUUUGGUCUUAUCUUUCAUGUCUAGAUAUACUACAAGCUAGAGAAGAAUCUCUACAUCUCUUUUGCCUAUUGAUAUAUGGUUUAGGGUUGUUAGUGUUUUGUUUCUGUUUCUACAAGAAAGAAGUUGAUUCUGAGAAUCGAAGUGCCAAUGUUUUCCUCUUCUGAAUUUUUCAGCAUUAGAGCGCCACCCUUAGGCUGAAUCACACAGAGACACUAGACAUCUGCCUUACCUAAAUUAAUGUAGCCUGACUUUAAUGUAAAUAUACUGUCAAAAUCUAAAAUAAAAUUUUGUUACACUUGUGGUCAUGGUUAACUGACUUACAGCCAACCAUGAAAACAUCUACUUAUUAAAAGUCAUUGCAAAGAAAAAAAGGGAAGUUAGCUGAGAAAAGACAAAGCAUCUUUUGUUUGUAGAUACCAUCUGGUUUGAUAUGGUUUUAUUUUGUGUGGUUUCAGUAUGCAGAUAUUUACAUACUGUAUAUGGUGAUAACAUAUGUGUUUUGUUUCCAGAGAAGUUUCUUUUUUCAUCUAAAUAAGUUUGAGGAUAUUCCUAUUACUCAUUCUUCAUUCAUUCUGAGCAGCCUUUGUUUCAUUAGUAAAGUAGUAAACUCACAUAGUAGGAAGUCUCACAACUGACUGAACACCGGAAAGUUUCGUUCUUAUUUUAAAGCUCAUGUUUCCUCCACAGACUGAGCUGAGAUAAAACUGAUUAUUUUGACAUCUCACUGUUUACAAGCAACAUAGCAGAGUUUGCUCUGUUGAUUUUUGUAACUUGUUGUUCUAUGCAUCUUGAUGUGUGUGUCAAAAUGUGCAGAGUGUAAAGUGUCAGAAACUAUAUUUCACUGAAUUCAGAUGUGUUUUUUUCCAGCGGAGUAGACAUGAGAAAGGAAGGAUGUGGUACAACUGUGAAAUUGUUGUUUGCAAACUCUUUAAAAAGUGUUUAAAAAUGUGACAGUAACAGACACCAUACAUGCAAACACCCAUACAUUAAUAAUGAGAUGGAGAGAUGUUUUCUACACUUAAGUUUCCAUUAUUUUGUCUUUUUAUGUUUAUUGCUCUUUCGUAUUAUUUCUGAUUAAAACUCAGAACCUCUGAGGCUCAACAGGAAGUUUUUUUUUCUCUUUCUUUUUCUCAUCAGUGUGACACUGAACUUCCGUUUCUACUAGGGAGUCAAUGCAGCUUCUGUCAUUUUGAGUUCUGUUUCUUUUAAAGUUUUUAAUCUUUUUAAUUUAGGAUCAUGUUACUAAAUCACUUAGUACUCUUAUUACUUAUUUUUCUUCUGACCUUCAAAACAGGGUUCAGUGCUGAGAUCUCUGUGUUCGUUCAGACGGGAGAUUCUGUUCAGCUGGAAAUACAGACACAAGAACAGUUUGAAAUUUUAUACUGGAGUAAUGAUAAAUCUGAGAAUAUAGUUAGAUAUACAAGUGAAACUAAAGGAGUUAAACUUUACCCUUCCUACAAGGACAGAGUGGAUUUCAAUGCUAAAAACUUCUCUCUGACACUGAAGAACACGCAGAAGACAGACAGUGGACUCUACACAGCAAGAACAAGUGGAAAAUUAGACAAGAAUAUUGUUACAUACAGAGUAUCUGUUAUAGACGCUGUGGAGGCUCCUGUCCUGACUGUGAACUCAAACCGUUCCAGCAGUGACUCCUGUACUCUGAACUUCACAUGCACAGCUCAUGAGCUCAAGAUUGACUCUAGCUAUCAGAACAACAGCUGCUUACGAGAGGAAGUGACAUCACAGAACAACACUCUCAUCCUGGACUGCAGUGAGAAAUUCAUCAUCUGUAACCACAGAAACCCUGUCAGCUGGAAAGAAGACAGAAUAAUCAUCACACAGCUCUGUGGCGAUAAUAAAAAGAACAACUCAAAGAAUGUCCAGACUGCUUCAUCUCUCCUUGGGCCAGUAGUUACUUCGGUGGCAGUGCCAGUGAUCAUUCUGAUAAUAAUAUGUACUUCAGUCUUUCUGUACCGCAGGCAUAAAAAAAAAGCAUGAGAGCCAGAAUGAAGUGCAAAGUUCAUCAGAAGCUACAGCAACAUGAGAUGGAGGUUUGGUA